AUGGCGGCGCGCACACACCUGACGUGGAUCCUUUUCAUAUUUACGUUAGUCCUGGUAUGUGAAGUCAUCACGGACUGCCAAAUGAGCGAAUAUAAAGAUGAACGAGGCAACUGCCUCCCGUGUGCUCAGUGUGGGCCGGGCGAGGAGCUUUCUGAGGACUGCAGCAGUGCAAGGGACAUUCGGUGUGUGCCAUGUAGGCUCGGGAGGUAUAAAGAGGAUCGAAGUCAGCAGCGUUGCCUUAGAUGUCUCCCUUGCGUAAUUAUCAACCGGGUGCUGAAAGUGAACUGCACCCCAACUACAAACUCAGUGUGCGGCGACUGUCUACCAGGGUUCUAUAGCAAGACUCGUAUUGGAGGACUCCAGGAGCUGGAAUGCUUCCCAUGCACUUCCCACACGCCGCGCACAGAAACUCAAUGUCAUCCCAGCCCAGGGUUUGGCCAGCCACCGAGCACAGAGCAACCAACUCCUUCUCGGGAUCCUAUCAUUUUAGUGGCGGUUAUAAUGGUGGCCCUUGCACUUAUUCUGGUUACUUUGGUGUCCUUUUCGGUCAUCUGCUGCGGGCGUUUCUUCAAGAGCCAAUGCCAACGAGCUUUCCAAAGAUCGCAAGCUAUUGCGGGCCAGCCAAGAAGAUUAGCCAGACAGUUGGAGUCUAUGAGCAGCCCCUGUGAGGAGCAGCCAAUCCCUUCAUUCUGUUUUGGAUCCGCAGACACCUCUGGACAAGUGGCAGGACCAGUUGAAGAAGUCCACGUGAUUUCCGACGUUGUCUCGCCCAGCCCGUGCCUGGCAUCCAGUGCAUUACUCCCACCCUCCGUGGAGCUGUGUGCCCUCCCUCCUCCCCUCGCUAAACCCAAGUACAACUGGAGCGUCUCGGAAACCCAACCUUUGAUCCGUAACUCGGGCUGCAGCGACUGUUUCUCAGGAUGCGGGCCUGCCACCGAAUACAGCCAAGGAGCAGCAGAGCCCAGCAAGCAAGCUCACUCCUGUGCUUCGGAGCGCCAGCACUGGUCUCACGCGCCUGUGGAAUGCACAGAGCUGGAUUUACAGAACUUUUCCUCCGACGAGGGAUUCUCCCACACCGGCAGCCAAGAUCACGAAGGAGACCACCAGAGGUCUCACGCGGUGACAAAACCCCACAGCUGCUCGUGUGGGACGCAAGAUGAUCCUUGCACAAAAGCUGCAGAAGAGCCAAGGUCAAGUUGCUGUAGGAAUAUACCUAACCAGAAAAGUGAAGACAUUGUGUCCUGCUUGAACACUGCUGCUCUAGACCUUCCUGUCUCCCAAAUGCCAGACUCCUUGGUCGCCCUACUUGCACUAAAGCUGGACAGUUCCACGCCGGGACACAAGGAUUUCAACGACGUCGGAGUGGCGCUGGGGGUACAACCCUUUCUUGUGGAUGGCAUGCAAGGAUUCCAAGCUUUGCACGCUCACUUGUCCACCAGUAUGUCCUGUACACUGCUGCAGCUGGUACAGACCCUUCAGAGACUGCAGCGCAAGGAUGCCGUGACCUUAAUCUGCUCACAUUUUGGCCAGUAGAGCCGUUCCGAAACCUUGUAAUUGAGAUUCCUGAAGCAUGGCAAG